AGGACGAGUUCCUCCUGAACUAGAGAGAGAGAGGAUCAACAUUAUAGGUCUAGAGAGAGAGAGAACACAGAAGGAUGGCUAUCAGCUACGAAGGAGAAAGGACGAGUUCCUCGUAAACUGAAGAACGUGUGAUGCUCGUUACGCAAGCACGAAUCAGGGUUUACGGCGUUCAUGUCAUCCCUCUUCCUCGUACUUGUUCAUCACCAUUUUGCUUCUGGUUCUUCGAUACGAGGUUGAGCGAAAAAUUCCCUUCUCUCAAACCCAUCUCAUGGAAACCUAUUGCCAUUAAAGCUUCGUUUUCUUCACCUACAAAGCCCAAUACCCAUCUUCUGAACCUGGCUUCUUCCUCUAAAGCACAAAGCAAAUGGUGCGUUUACCUCAUCAUCUCAAGCGACCUGAGCAAGACAUAUGUUGGGGUCACCGUAAAUUUUGACAAGCGAUUGAAACAACAUAAUGGUGAACUUAGAGGUGGGGCAAAAGCAUCACGUGCGGGAAGGCCAUGGGCUCGUGUAUGCACAAUCGAGGGAUUCAUAGACCGAAGUGAAGCUUGUCAGUUUGAAUCAAAAUGGAAGACGAUUUCAAGGAAGCUUCCUCGAAAGCGAAACCACGCCAAUGAGGGAGAGCAAUCUGAUCUUCACUUUAUUCCAGUGGUAAAGCACAGAGAAACAGCUUUGGAUAGGGUCAGAAAGUCUGUGGACUGUAGCCACCUGAAUAUUUAUUGGAAUUUGGAUACACCCUAGUUCUCCGAACUUAAAAACCGAAGUAUACUGUAGUCCAAUGGACUACGAUAUAUGACACUCCAAGGCCACUUCCAGACUUGUUCCUAUAUCGAUUGUCUGGAUAUUAACUGAAGCGAACCGCCAAUAAACAACAAACAAUUAAUCUCAAACUAUAUCUCCAGAUGGCAGUGGAAAAGGGUUAUUGCCAUGGUUCUUUGGGCUAUCGUAAACAGCUUGCUUUCUCGUUUCAUGUUCAAUACUUGAGCUAAAAUGGGAGCUCUGGAUUCCUUCUUGUGAUUUGGGUGCAAUUCCCCAAGGUUUUAUUAGUCUCCACUUAUUCUUUUGUAAAUUCAAGAUAUGUAAGCUUCAGUUAAAUCAAUACAAAUUCUCUACAUUCGUAGUUU